CGCUUCCCACGGCGGAGCGGGUGCAAAGGCGGCUGGCUCCCCGCGGUGCUGCUGCACCGGGCCUCCCCGGGCUCCGCUUCGCCAUGCCCCGCGCGCGGCCCUCGGCCUUCCCCGGGGGCUGCCGCUCUAGCAGCUAGCCCGGCCUCCCGCUGCCCGGCGGCCCGCCCGCUCCCGGGUCUCCCCUCGCUCCCUCCCCGCGGCCUGCGAGCCAGCCUGGUGGCCCCGGCCGGCAGGGGGCGGCAAUGAGUGCCCCGCGCGGAACCAGCCUGGGGCAGCCCCGCAGCCUCGCUGCGCAGGAAGACAACGCGUCUUGCAAAAUUUUGAGAAGGCUCAAGGCUUUAAAGAGGGCUCGUCUAAAUAAAGGAGGGUUAAAGUGACAUUGCAGUUACUUAAUCCUGUGCUUUCCUUCCAUGUGACUCGAACAAGACUGAGGUGCAGCUUUUCUUUUUCCCGGUGCACAGAUUAUACUGCUCCUAGCAUCCUUCAGCAGCAGUUCUGCACAUCAAAGUAGCAAUGGAAAUUAAACAAAUCAGUGACAAGCAUUUUACAGCAGGGCUGCAAGGUAAAGGUCAGGCAUUUCCAAAUCACAGUGAAAAGCUUGGUGGCUGAAAAAUGAAUCAAAGGAAAAUCCAACUUUCAGCUUUUGGACUGAGCCUUGAACCAAGAAGGACUGCAUCAAAUCCUACCGAAGGUUAGCUGUUCGAAGUGAUCUGAAAGCUUUUGGACUUAUUCAAAGUAGUUAUUGAGCUACCAGUCUGAGGUGUGCCUGUCAGUGUUUUCAGGGCAGCAAAUUAGAACCUGAAAGUUAAAGAAGUGUCAAAUGUAUUGCAUUUGUUUGCACUCCAUUGAGAAUGGACUCUUUGCUUUUGUAUGUGUACAGUUUACAGCUUUAAUUAUCAAGCCUUUUUUAUCUUACAAAUAAGGAUUUAAAAUUGCUCACUGGAGGUUAAAAGACAAUUGGCUUUUAAUUUUACUUCUGAUUUUGGCUAGAACCAGCAAUAUAUAUAUGAUGGCAAAUUUGGUUGUUAAGUCAUUUCCACAUUGAUCUUUGGACCUCUGGCAAUUUUUGUUCAGGUUAUCACAAUUCUGUUAUGUCCAGGAUUGUAUUCCACUGGAACAGCUUAUUAAACCAAAUGGAAAUGUGAUUGCUCUGUGGACUAUGACAACAGGCUAUAUGAAUGGCGGAGGUCUUGGAAACCACCGAUAUGCCAGGUGGAAUCGUGAGGACAGCGGAGAGGACUACGGGCGGGCUGAGUGCUAUGGAGAAGAUGAGGAGGGCAGGAAGCGCAGGCUGACCCCAUUUGAGAAGCUAACCCAGGAUAUGUCCCAGGAUGAAAAGGUGGUGAAGGAAUUAACUCUGGGGAAGAGGAUUGGAUUCUAUCGAGUGAGAGGGGAAAUAGGGAGUGGGAAUUUCUCACAAGUGAAGCUUGGAAUUCAUUCUCUAACCAAAGAAAAAGUUGCAGUUAAGAUUUUGGACAAGACCAAGUUAGACCAGAAGACUCAACGCUUACUGUCCCGUGAAAUUUCCAGCAUGGAAAAACUGCACCACCCAAACAUUAUCAGACUUUACGAAGUGGUGGAAACACUGUCGAAACUGCACCUCGUGAUGGAGUAUGCAGGAGGUGGGGAACUCUUUGUUAAAAUCAGCACAGAGGGAAAGUUAGCAGAAAUGGAAAGUAAAUUAAUUUUCUCCCAGAUUGCAUCUGCUGUGAAGCACAUGCAUGAUAACAAUAUCAUUCACCGGGACUUGAAAGCAGAAAAUGUAUUCUAUACCAGUAACACCUGUGUGAAGGUGGGAGACUUCGGAUUCAGCACCAUAAGUAAAAAAGAGGAAACUUUAAACACUUUCUGUGGGUCUCCUCCUUAUGCUGCCCCUGAGCUCUUCCGAGAUGAAAACUAUGUUGGUGUUUAUGUGGACAUAUGGGCGCUAGGUAUCCUUUUAUAUUUUAUGACAACUGGUACAAUGCCAUUUCGUGCGGACACAGUGGCCAAACUGAAGAAGUGCAUUCUUGAUGGAACAUAUAGCCUGCCCCCAUACCUUUCAGACACUUGCCAGAAACUGAUCAGAGGAGUUCUUCAGCCAGUCCCAACUGCACGAUACACUAUUGAAUGUAUUAUGAAGAACGAAUGGAUGCAAGGGAUACAGCAUCCAAAAGCCUUGGACCCAUUUAAACUGGAUCCAAAGUAUUUAGCAGAGACUAGUACCCUCAAAGAGGAGGAAAUUGAAGUGAAAAAUACCUUGCAAGAUUUGGGAAUCACAGAAGAACACAUUCAAAAUAACCGUGGAAGAGAUUCUCGAAGCUCAAUAACUGGUAUCUACCGAAUUGUUUUGCACAGAGUGCAAAAGAAAAGAGCCCUGGAGAUUGUUCCUAUAGUCAUGCAACCAGAACCCAAAGAGCAGGAUUUAAAGAAAGGUCACAGUUCGUACCGUGGUAUCAGACAUACAUCCAAGUUGUGUUCAAUUUUAUGAAUUGCAUAUAGCAGACUUUACAUUCAGUAACUUUAACAAGGGGGUUUAUUCAUUUUACAGUAAGCUUUGAUGUUACAUUUUUGUAAUUUUUAAAUAAACCAAAACUGCCUUAAAUC